UGCCAACCAUGUUUCGCUAAAGUUGUGCAUUUUAGAAAGGUUACUACGUGGUUACUGUUACUCAAUGUUUUGAUACUUUUGUGUCGUUAACGUAUAGUCUCUCGAAAAUAUGAGGUGCUCGUAACACAAUUUCGAUCAGUGCUCGAAUAACGCCACCGAAAAUACUGUCAACGAGAAGUGUCGACGUGUAAAAUGGCGUGGUUCGGUGACGGACUGCCUAGCUUGUCGAAUUUAAAGGGCCAGAUAUCGAACUUCACGAAGGAGGUCUUGUCAGAGGGCAUCGUAGACGAAAUAGACGAACGUACGAGGGCAUUGAACGAAGCGAAUCAAAGAUGCGUCGAACUUCAAGAGCUGCUCAAGACGAAAGACACCGAGAUCUCGCUGUUGCGCCGGCAGAACUGCGAGCUUCAGAAAACGGUGAUCGAGCUGAACGCGAAACAGAAAGAUUCGAACGGCAGCCACCAAGAUGACGACGACGAAGCAUUCUUCUGGGAUCCGGUGUCCACCAAGAACCGUAAUUCGAAAAACCAGAAUCGGCAGCUGCAAGAACAACUGGCGCAAGCCGCCAUGAGGAUACGCGAGCUGGAGACCAAAUUGGAGACUAAAUUGGAGACCGAAUUGAAACGCGUUCAAGUGGUGACCAAUUCCUCUCUGAAAGACGAUCUCUCCGACGGAUAUCAGACAGGAGAAUUUCUGCGAGCCAAGCAGGACAUGGUGAACCGUAUUAUACAAAUGGAGGAAAAGAACCGAGAGGCAGAGAGGAACACGAAACGCGCACAGCCGGACGAAACGGCGUUGACCAACGAUUUGCGCGCGGUGCUGUCGAAAUUGAACUCCCUCGAGAAGCAGGAUCUCGUGCGGUCCGCGUUGAGAGCGUUGGAGACCGAGAAUCAGCAAAAGCGCAACGAGACCGGCAGGCAGGAAAAGUCCGUUUUCGAGGAGAAACAUUCCAAGCCCGACAACAAUUUCGACCAAAACGAGCUCGCCGGUUCGACCACGAGGUCCGGGUGCGACGCCGUCCCGAGCAACAAAGAAACGGAGUUCCAGAAGAAGAUCGACGAGCUACAAGAAGAGAACCAGAGGCUGUUCGCGAGCGUCGAGGAGCUGGAUCAGCAGCACGAGGAAUCGAUUCAAAAGCUGCUGUCCCUCAAGGAGGAAAUCGAGAAGAAGCACCAACGCCUUCAAAAUGCUUACGAGCAGCUCUACGUGGAUUACAACCAGGCCCAGGACAAGGUUGUCCAGCUGGAGAAUACGUUGGCCGACGGCGAAGCGACGAAACGUGUCCGAGUCGAAACGGUCACACGUUUCUGCCAAACUGUUCGCGCGGAAAACACGGCCACGGGAGAGACAACCGUUCGGGAGAACUGCCGAGAAAACGAGUCGACGAUCGAGGAACUCGCCGUCAAGGUGAAAGAGAUCUUGAAGAACGCGGCGCUGGAGUCGGAGCCGGACGCGUCGAUCUUCGAGACCGUCGCCAGGCAAUACGUCGACGCGAAAUGGAAGAAGGAUAUGUUGGAGAAGAGGCUGACGGAAUUGAACCGGGAGCUGAAGGACGUCGCCGAGACGAAGGAAAGCCUGCAGAUCGAGUGCGACGAGAUGCAGACGCACAUAGACACGCUGAUGCUGGAGAUCCAGGAUUUGAAGUUGAAUCUGCCGUCCAUACCGGAGGCCAGCGAGGAACGCGUCGCCUCGUUGGAAUCGGAAACCGAGUCUCUGCACGAGCAGCUCGAGCAGCUUCGGGCGGAGAACGAGGCGCUGCGAAAGGAGAGUAGUCGCGGGCCCGCAUCCGCGAUCACGUUGGCUAAAACGAAAAAAUCGACGGGCUGGCGACUGGAGGACAUUCCUGAAUGCGUCGAAGAGACCGACGGCUCGUUCGAGAAUCUGAAUCGCAGGCUGCUCGCCGCUUUGGACGAGAACAACGAACUGAAGGAGAAGAUCGAGCAUCUGGAGUGCUUGGGCAAGGAGACGCGGGACCAGCUUACCGCGACCUUGAACAAAUGCAAAGACUUCCAGGAGAACGCCGCGUACGUCGAGGAACUGAAGCUCGACCUGGAGCGGGUUGAACGCGAGCUGGGCGAGUCUGCUCGGAAUAGGAAGCACCUGGAGGAUAGUUUGUCGGUUCUGGUCGAAGCCAAACAGCAAAUGGAGAGGGAUAACGAGGAGUUGUCGCGUAAGAACGAUCGGCUGGAAAUCGAGAUCUCGAAGUGGCGGGAGCAAGUGGCGCUGGAGAAGCAGGACGAUGAUCUUCGAGAACAACUGGACAAUGUUACCUGCGAGAGGGACCAUUUCGAGCGCGAUAUCCUGAAUACGAGGAAAGAAUUGGACGAAGCGUUGAACCAGAUACGUCUGAAGGAAAGCCAGAUCGCGAGGCUGAGCCAAGAGUACGAGAGCUCGACGAAGGAAAAAAACUCCCUUUUCGAGCAGAUCUCGGCCAUUCAGGACGAAUCGAACGAUAAGAUCGACUUGGUGAACACGGAGAAAUCGUUGCUCGAGCAGGAGCAGCAAGAACUGACGGCAGCUGUGGCAAACAGGGAGAUGGAAUUGAGCGAGAUCGUGAAACGGUUGCGAGAAACCGAGGAAAAGUACGUCUGGUUGGAGAACGAGCUUUGCUCGUUGCGUAGAAAAGCCGGGGAACUCGAAUCGGAGAACGAACGACUUCGAAACGAACGCGACAAACGAAAGCGGGAAGAAGAGUCGAGACGGAUGUCCGAGUCGGCUGUUGAGAACGAUUUGCAGGCGACCGUCCGGAGGCUGACCGAAGACAACGAAAGCUCGAGGAUCCUGAACGAAGAUCUUCGGGCCAGAUGUAAACAGUUCGAAGAGGAGACCGCGAGUCUGCAGGCGCGGACCAACGAGCUGUCGAAUCGUGUCGACAACGAGGGAGAAGAGAGAGAGCGAGUGUCGAUGGUUCUGAAGGGAAUGGCGCAGGAAAACGAGAUCCUGAGGAACAAGAACGAGAGCUUGAUGGCUGAAAUUGCGGAAGCGCGGAGGGAACUCCAUGGGAUCGAGGUCAGGGCGGAGUCGGCCGACAUGGCGAAGCAGACGAUCGAGAACUUGUCCCAUUUGGUCAGCGAGAAGGACGAGGAGCUGAAUAUAUUGAAGACGUCGAUGGAUCUUGCUAGGAACAGCUCGGAAGUGGGAUGGGACCAUGUCGCGGCCGUGACGAAGGAAAGGGACGAGCUGGUGAGCCUUCUUACCGCGAAGCACAACGAAAGCUUGCAGUAUUACGACGAGAUUCGACGACUGACGCAUCUGAUGAACGAGCACGUGGCGCAGAUACAGAGCUUGACCGCGGAAAGGGACGAAUCUUCGAGCCAGCUGGUCGCGAAGAAGCUGGAACUGGAACGGAUCACGAGCCAGAUGCGCGAGAUUGAACAGCGUCUGAGGAACGUCGAGGCAUCGGACACCGGCGGAACCUGCGGGAUCGUCGAUCAUACCAGACUUCUGGCAGAAAACGCGGUUCUCAACGAGAAGUGCAACGCGCUGGAAGCCGCCUUGAUUCAGGAGCAAUCCAGUCACCGGAUAAUGCAGCAUCAGCUGAUCGAGAGUCAGAACAAAGAGGCGAACGCGGAGAAGGAAUUGGAAAGGUUGCGAACGCACUUGGUGGAAAUCCAGUCCACUUACACGGAAGAAGCUCUGAUCGUGGAGGAAGCGAGGCAAGAAUUGGAGGCGAAGCUGCAGCAGGCCGAGGAGAAAAUGAAAAAUAGUUCGACCGCGUACACGUCCGCUAACAUCAGGGCGAAUCAACAAGUGGAAACGUUGCAGCAGCAAAUGGCGCUGAUCGUUCAGCAAAGGGACGACAUACAAAAUAAAUUGUCCAGCGCGGAAGAUAAAAUCUUGUCGCAGUCCGCGUCUUUGACCAACUUGCAAAUCGUCUUGGAACAAUUCCAACGAGAUAAAGAAAAAGACAUUCGAGCAGCUACGGAGAGGCUUCGAGCGAAACUGAACGAAUCGCAUAGAAGACAAGAAGAAUUAGCCAACGAUAUUAUCAAUAUCAGGGAACAAUUAACCGAAGCUAAAGAAGGCGUACAAGCAGCGUCCAGACUUAGCGAGCAGCUCGACAAAAAAACAGAACGUAUCCAACAGCUGAGCGAAGAAGUGGACCGAUUAACCAAUCUUGUAACCACUGCUGACCAAAGGAUAGAGGAAGCACGACAAAGCGGGGAGGGAAAAGUUAACAAGUCUCUCAUUAAAAAUAUUCUCUUGGGCUAUCUCACCGCACCGACGGCAGACAAACCAUCGGUACUCAAAGUAUUUUCUACGAUUUUGGAUUUCAACGAGGCAGAAAGGGAUAGAGCUGGUUUGCUCAACACGACCGCUCAAAACGGUUGGUUUUGGCGUUUAAAUAGCGGUUCUCAUAUCUCGAACAAGGAUCAAGAAGCAUCCUUGACGGCGGCAUUCGUGAGAUUUUUGGAAAGCGAAUCGAUACCGAAGCCGCAAUUACCUGCGCUGCCUAUACAAACAUCGUCCUUGCAAAAACCUGGCCACAGCAGACAGCAUUCUACAUCGUCGACGCAAUCCACGUUGUUGCUCUCCAAUGUAAAUCUUCCAACAUUCCCGGACUUUGUGCCAGCCAGAAAUACAGGUUCUAUCUUAAAAGAAGUGCUGAAGGACAACUGAUAUUAAAACUUCCGAUGCAUUUUAGGCUUUGUUAAUUGUUAAACUAUAGUUGAAGGCAACAUUGCAAAAAUACAUUUCUUUGAACCGAACGACAUUCGACAAAGAUAAAGGAAGAAGGAGCACGUAGAAGACAUUCGUGAUUGUACUGCCAAGAGACAUGGUGUACAGCGUUUGCAAUGAAUUUUUUUACAAGGCAAUAAGGCUCGAAAGACUAUAAACCUUAAAACGAACGAAUAUCCUCACGAAUACUUUAUACAACGCAUUUAACGAAACUUUCUAAUGGUUAUCAGAGAAUUCUAAUUUGCUCGCCGACAAUAAGAUAUGUAUAUGGAUACGUAUACUACACGCGCGCGCGCGCGCACACACCACACGCAUGCACAUACACACAUAUAUUAUACGUAUACGCGUAGAUAAAUAUGAAAAUAAACAUGAAUUAACAAAAACUCCGUAGUCUGUUAUACAGGAAUCCACAAUGACCCCGAUAAAAGUGUGAUUGUUAAUUUGAAGACGAAUAAAUAAAAUCUAAUCGAAUACUGUACAACGUAUAAAGUAAUAAGGAAUAUUAAACGUACGGUAUAAGUAUUUGUAUUGUUCUCAAUUUCAACUCGUAUAAAUUUGCUCGUUAUAAUCUCACAAGUUAUACACGUUAGUUGCAUUCGUGUUGUCAUAGGUUUAAAUUUUAUAAUACUGUGUAAAGAAGACCGCUUGUUUCGAUUUUCCUUCAAAUGUACAAAAGUAAUACGCUAAAAGUAAACGCGGUAUUGUGAAAUAGCAAAUGGUGCAUAAACUAAUGUUAAAUGUUUUAUUGUACCUCUUGAAUUGACUAUAAUUUUUGUAUGAAGCUCUAACAUCGCUCGCAUAUCCAACAGAGAUUUACCUACAAGACAUAUGUACAUGUAUACGUAUACAGUCUGUAUAUAUACAUAAUAUAAAUAAAAUAUAUGCAUAAAUAUA